GGUACAGAAUUUGGGAUGAAGGGGAAGAACCUCUACGAGUAAGAUUUUGGGAUUCCCUCGUUUUGUUUCAUUUCUCCCACUCCACAACCGUUUGGAUGAUCUCUACCAGUGGUUUGUCUCAUUCAUCUGAUCUCAGUCACUGCCACUGGAUUAUUUCGCUUUGUCCUAAGUAUUUCUACAUCAACUUUUCUUGACCGCCAGUUCCCCAGGUGAUUCCACUCUCAAUCGCUACUGGUAGUGAUAGCGCCGGUAUUGUACGUACCUGCAUCAGCCGCGUACAGCGGACUUCCAAAUUGAAUCCCCCGGUACGAUCUGCUGCAUUUGCAUUGAGAUGCACCCCGGAUUAUGGACUCCUUACCGCAUGAGCAGGAAAGCAAUCGAGCUCAGAGGGAAUCUUCAAUCUUUGAUCUACCUCAGUAUGUAAUAAGCUAUAAUGAUGAUCACACUCUACGAUGGGAUCCCCCGGCUGGAUCCAAAGAAUUAUCUAUCGCCUUGAGUUAUUAUUUUCCACUGGAAAAGGACCUUGGAAGCAAAAUGCAAGCUGCCACUAGGAAAUUCCUACGAAAUGAACGACAAAAUACAACAUCCGAGGACUCCAAGACUAAUGGAAUCUCUGAGCAGAUGGGCCUUGAUGGCUCGCCGUUACAUAUGGAUUCAGAAGAUCAGGUCACGCGACCAAACGCGAAAGUGCCAGAAUCGUCAUCACAUGUCAAACCUAGAUCCAUGGCCUCCCAUCGUAUCUCCAUGCCGGAAAGCAGAACUAUUCAGUUCUUGACAUGGGAUGCCGAUAUGAAGGAGUUCAGUCCCAAAAUAAAGAAGAGAAGAUACGACAAGGAAGAGCGAGUAAAAGUCGCCGCUAAUAGAGGAUUUGCAUGUGCUAGACAUAGAAAACAGAAAAUGAAGUGUGAUCCCGAACGAUGUUCAAGGAACAAACAACGGCUGAGUAGUUUAGAAAACAUGGCCGCCAAAGUAGAGGCCCAAUCGACUCUAGAUAAACGACACUCUUCUUUCAUCCCCGACCCCGAAACUGCCAGUCAGAUGAACUCCACGAUAGACCCUGAGACACUCACUAUUCACUCGUCACCUUCUUUAGAUCCAUCGCCAAGGUGGACCACCUCUUCUUUUGUGGACCCUGCAACACUCUACAAGUUAGAAGGUUUCCACACGAGCGCUCAGUCGUUGGAUUUUCCCACACCUUCUCUCGAAUAUAGUUCGAGAUCACAUGACUCCAUAGGCUCAGUUCUAUCUACAAGUUCAGAUGUGAAUUUUCUCGCCGGCUAUGAUGAGAUGAAUUUCGAUAUCCCCAAUUACGAAACUUAUCAAUGGUGGCCGCGAACUGAGCAAUUUGACCCCGCCGGUUCUACAUUCAAUGAUCUCAUGCCAAUUGACCAGCCUAUCACGAUGUCAAAUACUUUGCAAAUGGAGACAUUCCAACUUGAAGAUAAACGGUUUUCCGCAUUCAAUCAAGCUUCAAUGGAACCUUCAGACCAGCAGCUAGAUUGGUCUCACAAUAUGGUUGUUCCAGAACAAAACUAUAUUGUAGAGCCCUGCUCUACCCCACUCCGCCCAUCUUCAAGUCCAAUGGAAAACACGACAACUUUAGCAGAGGGACAUCGUCACCGUCAACAAGACUUGAUGGAAUGGGAAGCCGUUCGUCCAUCAAGCGUCACUCAAGGAUAUUUCACCAACAACCAAGUGAAACCAUUGACAGAAGAAGAAAAGAGAACACUCAUUAAAUGGUGGGGUAGGGAUAGAUCGUCCGAGCAACCGGAGAGUAUUCGUGGUAGACAGAACUCAUAUGAAAGCCAGCCGUCUAAUGGUGAUAUAGCUGGAGUCGAGAUCCAAUCAAGUAUGGGUGUAGGGAAGAAAGCGAGUCUUAGAGAGAAGGUGAAGACUGCUACAGUUCAUGUGCCACCGUUUCCGAGGGGUUUGUUCAGAAGUCGAUCUGCGGGAAAAGAUAAGAAGCCUUGAAUCGUUUUUCCUGGUUAUCCGAUAUUAUACAUUCUUUCAAAGAGAGUCGAGUUUUUUUAGUUUUUUUCGGGGAUUAUUGGAUUUAGGGAAAAGUUCUGGUGCUGUGGUGCUGUGCGGAUAUCCUGUCUUUUCCAGAUUUUGAAUUCUUGUUGGAAUUUCUUUGGAUUUAUAUACCGUGGCGUUGAUGUCAAAGCUCUUUUCAUACAGUCGUUUCCAAGGAGUACUAUAUCCCAUCUUUAUUGCUGACAACUUAGAGGAACUUAAGUUCUGUGCCUUUGACAGUCAUUGAAUAUGCCUUCUCUGGAUGACUUGAUUUUUGGCCUUCAUCCCAGUUUUUAUGUAUGCGUUUAGAUUUCUUUUCAUUCUCAGGGAUGCGAUGUAUGCGAAGAUAAUACAUUAAGCGCGUAGUCGCUAGUCUCCAAGUCUCAAAAGAUUCCCUCUAUUGAAAGAAUUUUCUCUUAGAUAGAUCAAGCUUAAUUUUGUUGAUGACAAGAAUGUCUUGGAUUGGCCUGUUUUA